AAGUCUGAGCAGAUCGUCACAUGGAUUAUGCGGCACCUCCAAGCUUCAGAUGUCGUUGCUUUCUUCUUCGUCCAUGGACCUCUCACUUUCCAAAAGAAGAUUUCUGAUACUUAUCAGAGAGAUUACUCUGGCUGACAUUAGCUAGCUCCUUCAGGUGGAUUUCUAAAACAAGACAGGCUCCUUCAGUAUGCUGGACCAUCCUUCACCUCCUCUUCAGCUCCUCUCACUCUGCCUCCUGUUUCUGGUGUCUAGUGUGAACAAGGCAGCCUGUUCUCCUGGAGAGGGCAGGAGGAUUUGGCAGCAGCCCAAGACGGGCCUCUUCAUCAAAGACCAAGCUUUCCUUCAUGACAAUUUCCCUUCAGAAUUUCUCUGGGGGACAGGAACGUCUGCUUUCCAGACUGAGGGAGCCUGGGAUCAAGAGGGGAAGGGUGCGUCCAUCUGGGACCAUUUCACCCACUCAACUGCCGGCAGUGAUUUGGCAACUGAGACUGCAAAUGUGGCAAGUGACAGCUACACACGCUGGGAAAAAGAUGUAGAAGCGCUGGAAUAUCUGGGUGUAAGAUCAUAUUCUUUUUCUCUCUCUUGGCCCAGACUCUUCCCUGAUGGGGAUGCAAAAAAUCAGCCUAAUAUAGAGGCCGUGGAGCAUUACAGCCGCCUAAUAGAGAAGCUUCUGGAAAAGAAAAUUGAGCCGAUUGUCACUCUCCAUCACUGGGACCUGCCACAAGUGCUACAAGAGCGCUAUGGAGGUUGGAGAAAUGACACACUGGUUGACUUGUUUAAGGAGUACGCUGCAUUUUGUUUUCACACAUUUGGGAGCCGCGUUAAAUUUUGGAUCACAAUGCAUAAUCCAUACCUGGUGGCUGUGCAGGGGUACGGGACAGGUGGGCAUGCCCCUGGGGAAACAGGAGGUCCAGCUGGCUCUCUCAUUGUGGCCCACAACCUGAUCAGGGCACAUGCUAGAGCAUGGCACACCUACAACACCCACUUCCGUCCGGCUCAGAAAGGUCAGGUAUCCAUUGUCUUGGGAUCUCACUGGGUUGAACCUGAAAGGGGGAAAGCUACGGUCGAUAAUGUUGAGUUCUGCCAGCAGUCCAUGGAAGCUGUCCUGGGCUGGUUUGCCAACCCAAUCUUUGGUGACGGGGACUACCCGGUCUCUUUAAAAGACAAACAUGGAACCCUCCUGCCCUUAUUCUCCCCUGAGGAGAAGCUCUGGGUGCAAAACACUGCAGACUUUUUUGCUCUGUCAUUCGGGCCGAAUAACUUCCGUCUGGGCCAAGGCAUGGUGCGGAAUGGGCAGACGGUGACCCCUGACCUGAGGCGCAUACUGGGCUGGAUAAAGCUGGAGUAUGGGAGCCCAAGGGUGAUGGUUGCUGAAGGAGGUUGGUUUUCUGAAGCCAGUGUGGGAAGAGAGGACACGGUGAUCAUUUAUCUGAUGAAGAGGUUUAUCAACCAGGUCCUGCAAGCUAUCAAGCUAGAUGGUGUGAAGGUGUUCGGGUACUUUACCUGGUCCUUGGUGGACGGAUUUGAGUGGAGUUAUGGAUUCACUGUCAGGCGUGGCCUUUUCUACAUCGACUUCAGCCAAUCAAACCGAACAAGGAUCCCCAAAACCUCUGCUCUGUACUACAGAGGUGUUAUCUCAGAUAAUGGUUUUCCCAGGGAUGACACCUCCAGAGAGAUCACAGGCCGUUUCCCCUGUGAAUUUCACUGGGGAAUCGCUGACUCUACUUUACAGGUCCAGUUCUACCCUUUAUCACCACAGUUUAUUGACCCACGUCUGUACAUCUGGAACCUCACAGGAGACAACUUAUUGUAUCCAGUCCCAGGGGUGACAAUGCCAACCAGACCAGCCCAGUGCACAGACUACCUGGCUAUUCGUGGUCGUCUUCGCUUGUUUGCAUCCACUGGGGCUUCUCAUUAUAGCUUUGCCCUCAACUGGUCUCUGAUUUUACCCCAGGGAGACCUCUCAAAUGUGAACGCUGCAGGUCUGAGGUACUACCGCUGUAUCCUGACCGAGCUCAAGAAGCUAGACCUGGUGGCUGUCGUCAUCCUCUACUACCCCACACAUAGGGCUCCAAAUCUGGGCUUGCCUGGGCCUCUGCAUGCCUCCGGUGGUUGGCUUAACUACAGCACAGUAGAAGCCUUUCAGGACUAUGCCGCACUGUGCUACAAGCAGCUAGGAUCCUGGGUCCCUUACUGGAUCACCAUCAAUGAGCCAAACAGACUAGUAGAUGUUUAUUCCAGUGAGAAAGAGAAGCAUCAGGCUGCUCAUCAUCUACUUCUGUCUCAUGCAAAAGCGUGGAGGAUGUAUGAGAGGGAAUACUCAUGUCAACAAAGAGCAAAGGUAUCUCUUGCGCUACAUGCAGACUGGGCUGAACCUGCUAACCCUUCGCUGGAGUCACAUUCAGCAGCAGCACAGAGAUUUCUUUUGUUUGAACUUGCUCGCUUCUUAGACCCAUUGCUGGGGACAAAAUAUGAGGAGGAGCAUCACAAAGGGGACUACCCACAAGAAAUGAAGUCAUACCUGGAAAAGAGAGCACAAGUAACGGGCCUCCCUGGAUCCCCUCUUCCUAAUUUUACCAAGACAGAGAGAGAGGAGAUUAGGGGGGCAUUGAGUUUUAUCGCACUGAACCAUUUUACCACUCGUCUUGUUUCUCCAUAUCCACACACACAAGCUACGUUUCAGCACAAACAACCCCCUGAUCAUGGCUGUCUGACACUUACUGAUCCCACCUGGCCCUCCUCUGAUCGGGGGCAGGCCAUAGUACCCUGGGGCCUGAGGAAGAUCCUGAGCUGGGUGAGCCAGAGAUAUGGAAGAGAGCUGCCUAUCAUCUUCACAGCCAGUGGGGUUGAUGACCAGGCUGCUCUGGAGGAUAAAGUCCGGCAACGAUUUCUCAGGAGCUACCUUCAGGAAGCACUAAAAGCUCGUCAGUUAGACAGAGUUAAUCUCCAGGGCUUUUACAUAUGGAAACUGCAAGAUCGACAUAUCCCCCAGUAUGGCCUCUUUACCUCACAGCAACACAACUCCAAAGCCAAAGCCUCCAUCACUGUCUACAGAGAAAUCAUCACUCGUGGAGGUUUCCCCGAGGAUAACACCACUCAGACCUGCAGGCUCAGAGAGCUGCAGGAGCCCUGCUCUGUCUGUGUAUGGAUGUUCAAAAACAAAGCGUUGCUGGUGUUUGGUGGCUGCCUCCUGAUAACAGCUGUUAUGUUUGUAGCACUCGUCAUCUUUGUCUUAAUCACCAAGAGAAACCAAUCAAGAGUGAGUGGGAUGAACAGGAAGAACAGGAGAAAUGAAACAGUCUCUGUGUGCUCAUGUCCACCUGUUAAGUAUAAACUGUAUAGACACUGACAUUGACUGAAAGAAGUGGUGCAUGUGGAUCAAUAAUAGAGAAGAUCAGUGGUCUGUAACUAUGGCUGUUCUUGUGCUUGUGACAAAUAUAUAAUCAGUUUACAAACAGUUAUUGAGUGGAAACUCCCCCCAUCCAUUUUGCUGAAAAUAAAUAAUGAAAUGAAGGGUUAUAGGAAAAAACAUUUGUAGAAGCUAGUGAUAACAGAAAUAACUGAGCCAAAAAUAGAUUUUCUGAAUAGAAAAGACAUUUUGCUGGAUCCUAUAUUUCCUUUAUUCUUUUUUUUUUUUAAGUCAACAUUUGAUCAGAUGAGUUUUAUGGUUGACUUCAUAGGUGAAAUGUUUUACAGAACUGCUCAUAUGACCUAUGAAGAUAAUAUGUCCAUGCCAUCAUUCUUAAAUGGUAACAAAAUGAGUCAGUAAUAAUUACACUAAAGUAUGUAUUCAAUAUAAUAAAUGAUAUCGACUUGUGUUUUUAAAUCUAUGGUAGUUUGCACAGUUCAAAAUAUAUAUUGUAAUUUCAAGCAGUGAAAUGGAUGGAUGGAUAGAUCCACAUCAUUUAAACUUGAAACAUAUUUUCUAUUUGACAGAUUAUAUACAUCUCCCUGUGACAAUGAUGCCCCCUAGUGUCAUAAAAUAAAAUAAAACAUGGUUGCCCUCAUCC